AUGCCUCCCAAAGCCACAAAAGGCCAGCAAAAGGGCAAGUCGGGCGAGGAGGAGCGCGACGAGCCGCUGCAGGCUGUGAUACUCGCGGAUCCCUUUGAGACACGCUUCAGUCCCUUCACGCUCGAGCGACCGAGAUGUCUUCUGCCCCUCGCGAAUACCCCGCUCAUCGAGUACACGUUCGAAUUUCUCGCCAACGCCGGUGUCGAAGAGGUCUUUGUCUACUGCGGCGCACACAGGGAGCAGGUUGAGGAAUAUAUAAAGAAGUCUAGAUGGUCAGCCAAGUCGUCGCCGUUUUCGAGGUUGGAGCUCAUCCAGUCGACCUCACACUCCAUUGGCGAUGCGAUGCGUGAUCUAGACAGCAGGGGCCUGCUAGUUGGCGACUUCCUACUGGUCUAUGGCGAUGUGGUCAGUAACUUGCCGUUAGAGUCUGCACUUGCAGCGCAUAGGGCGCGGAGGGUGAAGGACAAGAAUGCCAUCAUGACCAUGGUGCUGCGUGAGGCAGGCGCGAACCACAGGACCAAGGCUCAGGGUACAAGCCCAGUCUUUGUAAUCGACCCACAAAAAGACAGAUGUCUACACUUUGAACAGAUGCCGAACCGCGACCAGACGCACUACCUCUCCAUCGAUCCCGAGUUGCUGUCGACCCACCAAGAGCUCGAGGUGCGCCAGGACCUUAUCGACUGCGGCAUCGACAUUUGCACACCCGACGUACUAGCGUUAUGGAGCGACAACUUCGAUUUCCAGGCGCCCCGAAAAGGCUUCCUACACAGCGUGCUGAAGGACUACGAACUAAAUGGCAAGACUUUCCACACACACAUCAUUGCGGACCACUACGCGGCAAGAGUACGGAAUCUCCACGCAUACGACGCCGUCAGCAAGGACAUCAUCUCGCGAUGGGCAUAUCCAUUGUGCCCGGACAGUAACCUGGUCCAGGGACAGUCGUACCGGCUGCAAAAGGGCAAUACGUACAAAGAGGAGGGUGUCAUUCUUGCGCGCGACUGUAUCAUCGGGCCCAAAGCAGUCAUCGGGCGAGGGACCAGCAUUGGCGAGAAGAGUGUCGUAACAAACAGCAUCAUCGGAAGGCAUUGCCAGAUUGGUCGCAACGUCAAGAUUGACGGGGCAUACAUCUGGGAUUAUGCCAGUAUAGGCGAUGGUAGCACUGUGAGCAAAUCCGUCAUCGCAAACGAAGCAGCCAUCGGACGAAAGUGCACAAUCGAAGCUGGUGCGCUGAUAUCGUACGGUGUCAGCAUCGGCGAAGGGAUGACGAUACAAGGCGAUCAUAGGAUCACAAGAGCAAAGCGGAGACGGGAGCAAGGUGAAGAAGUCGUUAGGGGCGACUCGAAUCCUGCCAUAGUUGGUCCCAAGGGCGACGGCUUUGAAUUCCACGACUCGGACGAGGAGGAUGAAGACGAGCUCGUUGACGGCCUUGUCACCGGAGCGCCUCUGUACAACUUUUCAAACGAGUCAAUUUCUACCCUCAAUUCGGAGUCGGAAGCGGAUGAGUUCGAUAUAGAACGACAUGACAGAUCAGCAGCGAGCAGUUUCCUCUCCGUUGGCUCCGCAGACAGUCAGCACGCGGCAAACUUUGAUCACGACGCGUCGACCAGUAUCUACGAUUCGCUAGUCGAAGGCCACGAAUCGGCAAACAUUCAGCUAGAACUCACAGCGCUCCGCAUGAGUACCAACGCCUCUGACCAUCAGGUCCGGCGUGCGGUUGUUUCUUCCUUUGUCAAGCGCGUCACACAGCUGACAAAGUCCGGGGAGCCUAUCAAGAGCGCUGUUGCGCAGGUGUUUGGCCAGCACAAGGAACUCAUCGAUCGGUCCAUCUUUGACAAGAAUGAUGAUAGCAAGGUCGACCAGGUUGACUUUAUGCUAUUGCUGCAAGCAGAUCUGAGUCACAAGGACAAUGGCGAUGCCAUUUUACUGAGCGCAGCGACCAAGCUUGUGGAGUUGGACUCUAUCGAGGAGGAUGGCAUGAUUCAGUGGUGGGAUGAUGAAAAGAGUACGGAGAACGCGGAGAUGGAGAAGGUGAGGGAGAAGACCAAGUCGCUGAUUGACUUUUUGCAGCAGGAGAGUGAGGACGAAAGCGAGGAAGAGAGUGAAGAGGAAGAUGAUUAGCGGGUUUCAGUAGUGAUGAAAUGCAUUAUAUCCGUGCUACAA